AGGUGUUACUGGGAUGUCUGGUUUUUUUUGUUAAAAAAGGAAAUUCUGUUAAGACAUAUAUGGGCUUAUAUAGUUCAUAACUCCUGUAUUAUACAGUUGGUUUAUUUUCAUGUGCUAUGCAUUUAAAUAUUUUGCAGAGAUUUACUUUAACUGUUUUGAUUUAAAAGAGCGGGUUUUUCUUUGUUUUCCCGGUGGGGGGCGCGGUCCGUUUUCUGGAAGAGGGAAGAACGAGGGACAGUUUUUUUUUUGGGGCCCGGAGGAAAAAGAGAGAAACUGUACGGGAGGGCCACCGGAGUUUGUUUUAUACCGAAUCGGCGGGGCCUUUUGAAGGGAAUUGGCCGUAGUGAGUGUUUAAGUGCUUAGUUUAUACGUUCGCCGGUUUGAUACGCCUUAACCCAGCCCGAGGGCAGGCCGAGAAAAGUUAGCCCCUGCCAGAGGUUGCUCGGAGCUACUCAGUUAGCGCCCUGGUUUCCGAACAGCCAGUGGUUCCACUGAAGUAGCCGACGAGGGAGCAACGCUACUCGGUUAGCGCCCUGGUUUCCGAACAGCCAGUGGUUCCACUGAAGUAGCCGACGAAGGAGCAACGCUACUCGGUUAGCGCCCUGGUUUCCGAACAGCCAGUGGUUCCACUGAAGUAGCCGACGUGGGAGCACCGCUGCCCGGAUAGCGCCCUGGUGACCGGGAAAGCCAGAGGUUCCUCCGGCGACGUGGGAGGGAUUUCAUCAGCCACCUGGCCGGACAUCUUGUGCGGCUCGCACACAGGGUUUUUUUUACAUUUGUUUUUUUCCUCUCCACUGGAAGACUGGAACAACCGUACUGUGAGUAAGGGACCUUUGGAAAAGGAUUAUUUCUUCAGUUUACAUAGACAACAGGCCUGCAACGAUUAUUUUUGGGGGUAUUUUCUUUUAUGUGCCGGCUAUUUUGUUUAGUACCUGCGCAGGUGUUUCAGAGUUUUGUUAUAGUGCGGCCACACGGUUUUUUCUGUCAUUUUAGAGGUUAUUUGCCCCUAGCGGCUGAGGAGUAUUUGUUUUUUUUUAUUCGUUUUAUUGUAAAAGGGGGGUGUACAGGGGAAUUAUUAUUUGUGUUGUUCGGCGUGUUUAAAAUAAAUGCUUUAUUUGACAUAUAUAUAUCUGAGUUUUGACCACUCACUGAAUAGUUCCAGAGUAUAGAGGUAUAGCUUCAGAGAGGACCCCACCACCCUUAAGGGAUCAUAGGACAUGAUUUGGGUUACAUAAAAUGGCGACGAGGAUGGGAUUGAUUUAAUUAAUUAUUUAUUUAAUUAAUAAAUUUUCAGUGAGUGGAGUAGUGUCUAGACUAAAAUAGUUGAAGCCGAACCAAAAUAGUAGCUGCACAAACUUAAUAAGAUAACAGUAACAAUGUCAUUUUUGCUGAACUGGUGCCAGGGAGAGGGGGUAGACCCAACUCAUGCAUUAAUAGUCAAAAGUGUUCCUAAAGAUGCCCUUAAUGAAGCUAUUGAGGGCCAUCUUAACGCUAUUAAGUGUCUUGGACGUGUCAAAGUGAAAGGACGGAUGUUUGAUCCCGAAACUCGGGGCCUUGUGGUGCUAUGUGCAUGUAGCCAGACAGUGAACAUCGAUGCAAUUCCCCCAGAAGUGAGGCCUGAAGAGGGAGAUCCAUGGCAACUAAGUAUACCCCUGGACUCAAGCGCUCAAUCAGUGGUCCCCCCUGACACCCCUAUAGCUAUGUCAACCGACUCAGAUGCUGGAGUAGCAGGUACCCCUGACACCUCCAGUCCCAGUGACCCACAUUUCACCGCUCUUCUAAAAACAGUGGGGGACAUACUGGAGAAAGUCCCAAGGCCAAUUGCCCCGGAGAAUACAGCUUUUCGAAGGUUACGUCCCUUUUCGGGGACUGCACCUACUCCCAACGGAGAAGAGAACCUAGAUACUUGGCUUAUGCAGGCCCGCCUAAUGGUUGAUGAGUGUGAAUGUUCAGCGAGUGAAAAGCGCAAACGAAUUAUUGAGAGUCUCAAGGGUCCAGCGCUUGAAAUUGCGCAGGCUGUUAGGUCCAGCGAUCCCCAAGCCACUCCCCAAGAUUAUCUGGGAGCUUUGGAACAAGCUUUUGGUUCAUCGGAGUCAGGGGAAGAUCUAUACUAUGCUUUCCGGGCGCUACGACAACAUGCAGGGGAGCGACUCUCAGACUUUUUGCGACGUAUGGAACACGCCCUGACUAAAGUAGUGUUCAGAGGCGGUGUGAUGGCAUCACAAAGAGAUCGUAUAAGAGUUGAGCAACUUCUCCGAGGGGCUGUGGAAUCUGAUUUGAUGCUGGUGCAGCUGAGGCUUCGUGAACGCAAAGAGACACCUCCAUCCUUUUUGCAGUUAUUAAAAGAGAUAAGAGAAGAAGAAGACCAACAAGCCGUACGGCAAAGGCCUGGCCUUGCAGUUACUAAAACGGCUGUUAGGCAAGUACGAGCUACUGAUGACGAGCUUAAGCCCCAGGAUGCGGCUAAGCUAAAGCAAGAGAUAGACCAUCUUAAGGUCCUGGUAGCUAAGUUGUCUGCCAAGGACUCUGGCCCCAGUCUUCCAGCCCAGGAAUCAGAAACCUUGCUAGCACCCCGAAAGGAUGUAGUAAACCACGAGCAGGAGGUGCACAUGUUACAGCGUCAAUUGUGCGAUUUGCAACACCAGAUACAGAUAAUGGCCGUGAGCCAGCGCCCCCCUAACCCUCGAGAAUGGAGACCCCGAGAUACCAAUGAGCAACACAACCGACGAAUGACAGGCCAUAGCAAAAGUUCACCAUCAGAGGGGUCAGGCGACUAUUUUUGCUACCGGUGUGGGGAGGAUGGCCAUGUCGCUACGCGCUGUGAGGCACCUGAGGAUUCAGGGAGAGUUAUUACCCGCUUGAUUCGGUCAUUGAGAAAACAAAAAGAUGGCAGACAGGAGGCAUCCUCCAGCCGGGCAGGGACCACAGACACUCAUGUGAAGCACCUGUCCAGUCGCAGUGACGAGCUCACCUCUCCGUCUGACGGGUUACCGGAUGGAUUAGUCGGGAGGCCCUCUGUAAGUAAGAUCAUUGUUGAGGGGACUGAGUGUAAUGCACUCAUGGACAGUGGUUCUACUGUCACCAUCAUUUUUGAGAAGUGGUAUAAUGAAAAUCUGUCCCAUAUCAAAAUCCAGCCCAUUUCCAGUCUGUGCAUUUGGGGUUUGAGUGAGUCUAGCUACCCAUACAAAGGUUAUGUGGCUGUUAACGUAAAGUUCCUGGAGGAUGGGCCCAGUGAAAAGCCUCGAACUGUACUGGCCUUGGUUUGUCCUGAUCCCCAAGGGCCAGACCAGGUACCGUUGAUCAUUGGCACUAAUGCUAGAGGUUUCCACCAUGAACCAGUGUCCGACCCUAUGGCUUCGACCUCACAUCAGGCUGCAUCUUGGAGGAUUGGCACCCGUAUAUUGGGGACGGUGACGGGUCCGAAUGAACAGAGGGUUGGCCAGGUAACAUGGAAUGGGCCCGGACCACUUAAGUUGACUCCUGGAGAAGCGCGCAUUGCAGUAGGUAGGGCCUGCAUUCACACACCUGGAGCUCCAGGGAUAUUGGUCCUUGACAACUCCAACACCCUGCCGCAGGGGGUUGCUUCACCCCCCUGUGUGGUCCUUCCAAAAAACCUGGAUAAGAAUCAUUGUGCUGUACUGCUACAAAAUGUGUCCCUAAAAGAACGGUGCAUCCCAAAGGGCACCGUCAUUGCUCAAAUACAUACUGCUGACGUUGUGACAGAGGUAGAUCAGGGCCAGUCCUCCACUAGUAGCCUAUGUCCAGAGCUAUUUAAUUUUGGUAGUUCCCCUUUACCAGCAACCUGGAAACAUAGGUUGGCGCAGAAAUUGUCAGCCCGGACAAGGGUUUUUUCGGUAGAGGAAUGGGAUGUGGGGCUAGCCAAAGGAGUGGAACAUGAGAUUCGACUCAGUGAUCCUAAACCAUUUCGUGAGCGAUCCAGACGUAUUGCGCCCGCAGAUAUUGAUGAUGUGAGGCGUCAUUUGCAAGAGUUGCUGGCGGCAGGGAUAAUCAAAGAAUCCCGUAGUCCCUACGCCUCACCUAUUGUGGUGGCCAGGAAGAAAAGUGGCAAGAUUAGAAUGUGCAUCGAUUAUCGCACUCUCAAUUCCCGAACCAUCCCAGACCAGUAUACUGUACCGCGGAUAGACGAUGCACUAGACUGUUUGACGGGCAGCCGAUGGUUUUCAGUGCUUGACUUGCGAAGCGGUUAUUAUCAAAUACCGAUGCUGGAGGAAGAUAAGGAGAAAACAGCUUUUCUUUGCCCUCUAGGCUUUUACCAAUUUGAGAGGAUGCCACAGGGCAUCACUGGGGCCCCUGCCACUUUCCAAAGGUUAAUGGAACGAGUGGUAGGGGACAUGAACCUGCUGCAGUGCAUUGUCUACUUGGAUGACAUUAUAAUUUUCAGCCGCACACUGGAGGAACAUGAAGAGCGCCUCCUUAAAGUCCUCGAUCGGUUAGAAGAGUUCGGCUUAAAAGUGUCCAUCGACAAAUGUCAGUUUUGCCAGACUCACGUCAAAUACGUAGGGCAUGUUGUGUCUGCCGAUGGUGUGUCUACUGACCCCGAAAAGCUCAAGGCAGUAGCCCAGUGGAAACAGCCGACUAAUCUCAAGGCUUUGCUGUCCUUCUUGGGCUUUUGCGGCUAUUAUAGGCGGUUUAUUGCCCAUUACUCUGCUAUAGUACGCCCACUUACUGACUUGACCAGAGGCUAUGCCCCUCCUCAGAGAGGGCGCCCACCGAAGUCCACCAAAGACCAACCCUAUUUAAAUAGGUCUGAGCCUUUCGGGGAUCGAUGGACUGAUGAGUGUACGGAGGCUUUCAUAAAGAUAAGGAACUGCCUGACUAAUGCUCCCGUGCUUGCCUUUGCCGACCCCAGUAAGCCCUACAUAUUACAUGUGGAUGCAAGCUUUGAUGGAUUAGGGGCCGUGCUAAAUCAAGAGUACCCUGAGGGAUUACGCCCUGUAGCUUUCGCCAGCAGGAAACUCAGUGCCUCGGAGAGAAACUACCCAGUCCACCAGUUGGAAUUUUUAGCGUUGAAGUGGGCGGUAGUCGACAAAUUUCAUGACUAUCUCUACGGAGCCCAAUUUACCGUUAGAACUGACAACAACCCGUUAACCUACGUGUUGUCCUCUGCCAAGCUGAAUGCUUGUGGGCACAGGUGGUUAGCAGCUUUGGCCACUUACAAUUUUGGGAUUCAGUACAGACCCGGACGUGAGAACAUUGAUGCAGACCUGUUGUCAAGAAAGGAAGGAGGGUGCGAUAAAGAGAGUGCAGAGGAAGAAGGAUGGAUACCACCAUCAGGGGUGAGAGCAGUCUGCAAAAGUGUCAGUUCAUCCCAUCUCCCUGGAACUAUUUCGCGAGGGGUUGACCAGCUCGGAGCGUCUCCUGACUGCAUCCCCCAUGCUUAUGUACACCCUACUUGGGUUAGUGCUAAGUCAUUGGAACAGCUGAGUGUAAACGACUUACAGUUAGCUCAAGAUCAAGAUGUGGUCAUUAGUAAGGUGAAACGAGCCUUGGCACGGGGUCGGCGCCCUUAUGUCCCCCUACGUGAGGACGCUGAGGUUCACUUAUUGCUGCGAGAGUGGCCCCGGCUAGUUCAGCGGAGGGGGGUCCUGUACAGAACCAUAUGUAAGAGGUUAGGGAGAGAGAUACUCCAGCUUGUCCUCCCAAAGCAGUUUCGUCCCCAGGUGUUAAAAGCUCUGCAUGACGAUGGGGGGCAUUUGGGCAUCGAACGGACUAUUGAACUAACCAGGGACAGAUUCUACUGGCCCAGGAUGGCCGCAGACAUUGCCAGUUACAUAUAUAGCUGCGGAAGAUGUGUAGCGCACAAAUCCCAGCCCCACCGAACUGCUCCUCUCCACCAAAUGACCAGUAAGGGCCCACUUGAUUUAGUGUGUAUUGACUUUUUGUCAAUGGAGCCUGAUUCUCGUGGCAUUGCAAAUGUUUUGGUUGUAACAGACCAUUAUACCAGAUAUGCUCAGGCUUAUCCCACGAGAGAUCAGAAAGCCUCAACAGUGGCCAAAAUCUUGCUGGAAAAAUUCUUUGUCCAUUAUGGACUACCUGCCCGAAUCCAUUCGGAUCAGGGCCGCGAUUUUGAGAGUAAGCUAAUCAAGGAACUGCUCACGGUACUGGGUAUCAAAAAAUCAAGAACCACGCCAUAUCACCCUCAAGGGGACCCACAGCCCGAACGUUUUAACCGGACCUUGUUGUCCAUGUUGGGGACACUGGACCCGGUGAAGAAGAAGUGUUGGAGUCAGCAAAUUGCCGCUAUGGUGCAUGCUUAUAAUUGCACCAAAAGUGAUGCCACUGGCUACUCCCCGUACUUCCUUAUGUUUGGACGGGAAGCGCGCCUCCCGGUGGACCUAUGUUUCAGUUCGGUGCAGGAGGGAGGAGAAGGAAAGUCCCACAAGAGAUAUGUGGAGACUCUUAAGAAAGACCUGCAAGUUGCUUAUGAACUGGCUGUGCAAGCAGCCGACAAGAAUCACCAACGCAACAAGCAGGCCUACGACCGGAGAGUUCGCUCCCACUUGUUAGAAGUAGGUGACAGAGUACUUGUUCGUGCUUUUGGGGGCACUGGCAAACAAAAACUGAAGGAUAAAUGGAACUCUGUCCCCUAUGUAGUUCAAGAAAAGUUGUCUAACCUUCCUGUGUACAGAGUGAAACCCGAGAAGGGUGCAGGGGUGGUGAAAACUCUGCACCGAGACCACCUAUUACCAGUAGGCUCUCUUGUAAGGUUACCCGAAGGGUCUGAUGAGGCUAUGGAAACAGUCCACAGAGUGGAGCGGACACGGCUGCAGUGUCGUGCUAAAUCCGAAGGAGUGGGACCCGAUGAGUCAGACUCCGAGGAUGAUGAAUAUGUAUACACCCCUGCAACAGUGACAAGCUAUGCACCUUACCCGGUCCCCGAUGGAUCGUCACUGUCAGUGAGUGAUGGUAGUGAAGUGGGUACUGGCUUACCUCAGACUCAUGAUGAUGUGGAGGGGAUUAUUCAGGUGGAUACUGAUGACUUGCAAUUAGGCCUGGGAAACCAUGUUGAGUCAAAGGAGGAUGAAUACUGUAACCUGUCGGAAGGGGGUGGUGCUGAGAUACCUUGCACUCCCCAGUUUCAAGGUGCUGGGUCCGCAGGAGAGGUCGAGUCUCUCACAGAUGACAGUUUGGGGAACGGGGGACAGGCAAGAGAUAUUGCCCCUCGAGAGAGACGAAUAGUCAAGCCUGUGAUCCGUUUCACUUAUGAUGAACUAGGGACACCCUCUGACCAUCCAUUGGUCAUACAGCAUAAAGGAAUGAAAAUAUGUGUAUCCAGGGAUGGGGAGUUGACUAAGCAAGGUCGAGUGGUCAACUGUUUAACUAUUAGUAUCUUACCUGGUGACAGUGGUUAGUUCAGUCUGAUGAGGACAUCCAGACCUUUAGAAAGGGGGGAGUGUAACCCAGGUGUUACUGGGAUGUCUGGUUUUUUUUGUUAAAAAAGGAAAUUCUGUUAAGACAUAUAUGGGCUUAUAUAGUUCAUAACUCCUGUAUUAUACAGUUGGUUUAUUUUCAUGUGCUAUGCAUUUAAAUAUUUUGCAGAGAUUUACUUUAACUGUUUUGAUUUAAAAGAGCGGGUUUUUCUUUGUUUUCCCGGUGGGGGGCGCGGUCCGUUUUCUGGAAGAGGGAAGAACGAGGGACAGUUUUUUUUUUGGGGCCCGGAGGAAAAAGAGAGAAACUGUACGGGAGGGCCACCGGAGUUUGUUUUAUACCGAAUCGGCGGGGCCUUUUGAAGGGAAUUGGCCGUAGUGAGUGUUUAAGUGCUUAGUUUAUACGUUCGCCGGUUUGAUACGCCUUAACCCAGCCCGAGGGCAGGCCGAGAAAAGUUAGCCCCUGCCAGAGGUUGCUCGGAGCUACUCAGUUAGCGCCCUGGUUUCCGAACAGCCAGUGGUUCCACUGAAGUAGCCGACGAGGGAGCAACGCUACUCGGUUAGCGCCCUGGUUUCCGAACAGCCAGUGGUUCCACUGAAGUAGCCGACGAAGGAGCAACGCUACUCGGUUAGCGCCCUGGUUUCCGAACAGCCAGUGGUUCCACUGAAGUAGCCGACGUGGGAGCACCGCUGCCCGGAUAGCGCCCUGGUGACCGGGAAAGCCAGAGGUUCCUCCGGCGACGUGGGAGGGAUUUCAUCAGCCACCUGGCCGGACAUCUUGUGCGGCUCGCACACAGGGUUUUUUUUACAUUUGUUUUUUUCCUCUCCACUGGAAGACUGGAACAACCGUACUGUGAGUAAGGGACCUUUGGAAAAGGAUUAUUUCUUCAGUUUACAUAGACAACAGGCCUGCAACGAUUAUUUUUGGGGGUAUUUUCUUUUAUGUGCCGGCUAUUUUGUUUAGUACCUGCGCAGGUGUUUCAGAGUUUUGUUAUAGUGCGGCCACACGGUUUUUUCUGUCAUUUUAGAGGUUAUUUGCCCCUAGCGGCUGAGGAGUAUUUGUUUUUUUUUAUUCGUUUUAUUGUAAAAGGGGGGUGUACAGGGGAAUUAUUAUUUGUGUUGUUCGGCGUGUUUAAAAUAAAUGCUUUAUUUGACAUAUAUAUAUCUGAGUUUUGACCACUCACUGAAUAGUUCCAGAGUAUAGAGGUAUAGCUUCAGAGAGGACCCCACCACCCUUAAGGGAUCAU